CACGAGUGUUUGUGUUCUGUCAGAGCCGGCUUUUAUACCCUCCGAUAUAGACCAUCUGAGUCAUUCAAGUGUUUUACAUGCAAGGGUAGGAUUACAUAAUCAAGCGUGCGGGAGAAUGCACGAGAAUAGUUCAGGACCCGGAUGAACACAUGUAAACAAUACACAACGAUGCCUGAUCGAAUUCUAUUAAUCAAGCAGUUCCGUAUUUGUAAUCGGUGUCCUUGUCGACUAUUAGUAUUUCCCGCAAUAAACAAUAUGGCGACGUCAGCUGGUCGUGGGAUAACCUCAUUGCGGACACUAUCAGGGAAGGUGCUAAAUUUAUUAAAAGGAAGAGAACUGUUGAUCCCAUCAAGCUCUUUCAACAUCGUGUCAAGAUCAAGUUCUGAUGACAAAAAAUCAACUCGCCGUAAGGGAAAGACACCUGCAGGCAAAUUUGAUGACAAAUGGGAAACUGAAGUUGAGGAAACUGUAUCACCAUAUGUAGAACAGGAACCAUUAGAGCGUUUCCCUGAUGACAUUAAUCCGUCCACAGGUGAGAUCGGUGGACCAAGGGGACCAGAACCUACUCGCUAUGGUGACUGGGAGAGGAAAGGACGAUGUUCAGACUUCUGAUAUAAAUAAUAUAUAUUACUAUACCCCUGCCAAUAUUGUAUAAUUUACAUUGUGUGUAUAAUGUUUAUUGUUGCAUUUGAUUAAAUGUUUUGAUUAUUACAUG